AUGUCUUCAUUAGUUACUCUUAAUAAUGGUUUGAAAAUGCCCCUAGUCGGCUUAGGGUGCUGGAAAAUCGACAAAAAAGUCUGUGCAAAUCAAAUUUAUGAAGCCAUUAAGUUGGGUUACCGUUUAUUCGAUGGUGCUUGUGACUAUGGCAACGAAAAGGAGGUUGGUGAAGGGAUCAGGAAAGCCAUUUCUGAAGGUCUUGUUACUAGGAAGGAUAUAUUUGUCGUUUCCAAGUUAUGGAACAAUUUUCAUCAUCCUGACCAUGUCGAAUUAGCUUUGAAGAAGACUUUGAACGAUAUGGGACUUGAUUACUUAGAUCUGUAUUAUAUUCAUUUCCCAAUCGCCUUCAAAUAUGUUCCCUUUGAAGAGAAAUAUCCACCAGGAUUUUACACGGGUGCAGAUGACGAGAAGAAGGGCCACAUUACUGAAGCACAUGUGCCAAUCAUAGAUACGUACCGGGCCCUGGAAAAAUGUGUUGAUGAAGGCUUGAUUAAGUCUAUUGGUGUCUCCAACUUUCAAGGGAGCCUGAUUCAGGAUUUGUUACGUGGCUGUAGAAUCAAGCCCGUAGCUUUACAAAUCGAACACCAUCCUUACUUGACCCAAGAACACCUAGUGGAGUUUUGUAAAUUACACGAUAUCCAGGUAGUUGCUUAUUCUUCCUUCGGUCCUCAAUCAUUCAUCGAGAUGGACUUACAGUUAGCAAGGACCACGCCAACUCUGUUCGAGAAUGAUGUGAUCAAGAAGGUCUCACAAAACCACCCAGGCAGUACUACUUCUCAAGUGCUACUAAGAUGGGCAACUCAGAGAGGUAUUGCCGUCAUUCCAAAAUCCUCUAAAAAGGAAAGAUUACUUGGCAACUUAGAAAUUGAAAAAAAAUUCACUCUAACAGAGCAAGAACUGAAGGAUAUUUCUGCUCUAAAUGCCAACAUCAGAUUUAAUGACCCAUGGACCUGGUUGGAUGGUAAAUUCCCCACUUUUGCCUGA